AUGAAUGGUGAUGUCUUAUGGUACGGACCUCGCAUGGGGGCAGAUCUGACCGGCAGCUUGGGGCUUGCUGCGACAAAAUGUGCUGACGAUGUUGGUGUUGGGGCACCGCUUUAUCUCGGAACGGAAUGGAUGACGUUAUUUAUUAAAAAACACCCCGAUUUCAAUCUUACGAGAAUUUCCAACCAGCAAUAUGAGGAGAUUGUCUACGCUGGAUGGCAAGAGUUUGCUAACACUAUCGACACAACUGACGCUGAUUUCUCAAGGUUCAAAGAGCGCUGUGGUAAGAUCCUAACGUUUCAUGGUCUUGCCGAUCCCGUCAUCCCAGCGCAAGGCUCAGAACACUACUAUGACAGUGUGGCAGCAUUAGACCCCGGGAUGAAUGAUUUCUACCGCCUUUUUUUUGCGCCUGGAGUGGCGCACUGCUUUGGUGGCCCUGGAGGUCAGCCCUAUACGGUCCUAGAUGCGCUAGUCGAAUGGGUUGAGAAUGGCACUGCCCCUGACACUCUUACAGUUAGCUUUAUAAGUGCCGCUGGGAUGACAUAUUAUUAA